UCAGUCAAAAUGAUUUUUUACUCAUCAAUUCAGUAGAUUUUUCACUGCUUUGCAGUAAAAAACUACUGCUUUUAAAAAGGCAAUUCACUGUUUCAAAUUUAGAGAGUUCAAUAAUGUAUGAUGAGUUUGACCUGAGAACCAUUGGAUUCUGCAGUCAGAACAUUAUUUUCAGAACACCCUGUAGUUAUACAUAACGAGUAUGAAAUUUCGAAAAUCGAUGAGGUAAUCGAGUUUCCGGGGUCAAUUUUUGAUAACCCAAUACUGCGUGGAAAUUUCCCAAUGUUGAGCCUUCGCUUACUCCGAAAGGUAGGUACCUACCUACCAGACAAGUAAAUUUACAAUACCGUUUACUUAUCCUCCUUGAGCACACAUCUGUUCUGUAUGGGCAAGUUUGGUCGUUAGCUUUAUACGCGGAGAACGAAAAAAGGGUAAACUUGAGCUUUAAGUUGCAUUUUAAUGACUAUCGUAAUGAGUUAGCGAGGGUAAAGUUCCCAAUGUAUCGGUGUUUUUCUAUACAAAUGUGCGGUCUUUUGUAUUGUGGAAAAUGUGUGCGCUGUGUCGCGUCGCCUCGUCGACGUGCGUAGCGACGUAGCAUUUUGAAAGGGAGAUGUUUAUCGAAGGGACCAAAAAAGAGGUAUUUGCAUUUUGUAAAACGACGACAACGACAACGACGGGAUAUACGUAUUUUGUACAAACCGUAGACAUAGACGCAAAACCACGCCCAUUUUGAAUGUAAUUUGGAAACUUCUGUAUGUACGAGUAUAUCUAUGUGUUGAAACGUACGUAAAAAUUUCAAUUAUGGAGAGAAAAUCGUCCAAAAAAUCUGUUGGCAUAGGAUUGUGAUUAAAUUCCGCGUGAGGCAAUAAAAACGCCGUUUUAUUGGAUACAAAAUUAGAUAAUAAAUUUGCCUCGGCACCUGUUACCAUUAUCUAUACUAUGUAAUUCGCAUUGUAGGCUUUCUUUUACUUGGAUUAGGUAUAUACUCUAAUAAGCCAAUUUUUUUCGUAAAAAUAGAUCGGUGUGAUUUCAAGAGUCGAUGUACCAAAGGUGGACUGUAAUGUUUGUUUGGUUUUUUUUCUAGAUUGUACAAUGUACAUAGUAGAUAUAUGAUUUCCCUCUACUCGAAUGUACGAGUACAUACGUAGUUCUACGUAAUGAAUUCCGUACAUUCGAAUCUCUAAGGCUUAUCGUUUUCACGCACCAUUACUGAUUUUUAGCUGCGCUCGUAAACAUUUAUUUAAAAUGAAACGAAUGAAAACGUUCGCGUCGAGUUGGUAGUCGUCGGAACUAUACACGCGGUUUUGUUAUAUGAUCUCGAACAAUGGUGGGCGGUGAAGUUAAAGUGGCCACUGUGACUUCGGAAAAUAUUGAUACAAUGGCAACGCUGCCAAUAUCAGUGACGAGAUACGCUCAGCAGCAAGGUACGGUGGAAAAAACCGAAAAAUCUGCCUCGAAUAAGGACUUAGAGGCGAAAAAAUCCCGUCCACAUUAUGUAUAUCAUCAGCUUAAAAGGACGUCCAUGUUCGUCGUGUUGAGUUUGCUGUACGGAAAAUUGGUGGUUGUAGCGUGCAUCGCGUUCGUCGUGUCGAAAGAAGUCACUAAAAGUUUACCAACUCGAUAUUACGAAGGCUUCUUUACAUAUUUAUUCGGAGUCAGCAUAGUAUUCCUGUUAUACCUUUUCUGCUUCUUAUUGCAAGACAGCUCGUGCUGCGGUGGAGGCAAAUCGGACGAGAAAGCGGUCAAGAAACCACCGAAAAAGGAUAAGAAAAAGGAUAAAAAAGGCAAAGAUGCAUCAUCGGAAGGCGCCACUCAAUCCCAAGGUGCUCGAAGUAGACCGACUUUGUUACAGAGGGAAGUAUAUCCGCAUAAAAUCAAGGACAGAAAUAAGACGAAACCAGAAACUGAAAGAGCUAUUGAACGUAGUAUCGAUAGCAUAGACGUCGAAGAAAAUCCAAACGAUCAAAGUUUGGUGGUUAAAAAAGGCAAAGGAACGAAUCAAUCUGAAGAAAAGUUAACCGAACCUAGUCCUGAUUCUAUCGAUAUUGAAGCUUCCAGCUCGGAUGGAGAGUUCAGAAAACGUAAAACUUCUCAAAAUCUUCAUCAUUAUGGUAGCUUCUUCCUUCGAGUUGGAGCUAUUGGUUUUGGAUUGGGCACCAUGAUUUACAUCGGAUUGCAGUUCGGAAAAAUCUUUGAAAUACCUUUCAAUUCUCCAUGUUACGAAUUGCUGCGUGCUUUGAAUCCAGUUUUACAAAUGGUGUUCACCUUUAUGCAGAUGUAUUUCAUAUUCAUGAAUGCCCGAUUAAAAAUCCACCGAUUCAAAUUCAUCGCUCGGUUCGGUUUAAUGCACGUUAUGGCGACCAAUAUCUGCGUAUGGAUUAAGACCUUGGUAUUUGAAAGCCUAAACGAGAUCGACAGGAAACCAAUAUCGUACUUCAAUUUCACCAAAGGCAUCGUUAGCACUUUAUCAACCGAUUACGACCUCAUGGAACGAAGCAAAAGCGUUCUAAAAGGCGCCACCACACCGAGAGGAGGUUUUAAAUCGUACAAUCUCGAAAAAGAUUUCGAAGUAGGAGCAAAAACAUAUUUCGAAGAAGUAGGAAGCAGUGUAGCUCAGGUACCCUAUGCCCUUCUGAGUGAUACACUAAACAGCACCACUACUCGUCUAGUCACCACUACCACUGCGUCCACUGUGACUCCAUCGACAACCGCUAGAAUCCUGUCAACGUUGCCUCAGAUUGUCACCAGUACCAGUACAGCUUCCUCUACCACUGCCCAAGCCAUAGUUACUAAUACUAUUUUAAAUAGCGUUUCUACUUUUCCAAGCCAGACUACCGCUGCCAACGCCACAGAUUCCGCGCCCCAAUUGCUCCAUGCAUUUGCCGAAGCUCUAGUUGGAUUGAAGCAGAAUGCUACCGUGCCUACUUACGCCAACGAUUCUUGCGGUAGGAUCAACAUAAUGGGUACAAUCGUCGAAGACUCGGCACCAUUUUUGUAUCCUUUCAUUAUCGAAUACAGUUUAAUCGGUGCUGCGGUUAUUUACAUAAUGUGGCGUCACAUCGGACGUUACCCCAGAUACGUAUCUGAAGAAAACAUUGAACAUAAAUUAGAAAUCAUGUUGUCUCAAAGAGCAGUAGCUAUAGCUCAAGCUCAAAGCGGUAGCCGAGUUGACUGCAUCGGUGCUAGCAAAGGCUUAUUUUUCGGACUGCUCAUGCUGGUCGGAUCGUUAAUUUGCUUGUUACUCUACUUCGUUCUUAUACAACACGAACAGUUCAGCAAAUUCGCAAUUUAUUUAGCCGAUGCCUCUCACAGUGCUGUAAUGGCUCUCAGUUUACUCGCCAUCAUCAUCGGGUUCUGCAGAGCAAAAAAUCUAAGAUUUUACGCAGCUGAUUCGACAGAUUUGAAUGAUAUUUUGUUACGUAUUUCGGCGUUCGGAUUGUUCGUCUAUGCCACUUUCAGUAUCAUCGCAGGGGCACGAUAUGCUUUUAUUAAAGAGAGAAAUCUUCUAGUCUUAAUUACCGGAUCCAUCACCAUAUUCCAAGUCGUACUGCAGUUAUUAUUCAUCGGAGACAUGUCCAAACGACACGUGUACCUUCCAGAACACGAUCGUAAUAAACCAGGACGUCAAAUUGUCACGUUUUUAUUAAUCUGUAACAUCACUAUGUGGGUCUUAUUUACAUUUGAAUCUCAGAAAGUCCUCGUUAAUCCAGUUCAGCUGGACUUCUAUGGACAUCGUGCUUGGAAAUUAGUGGAGCACCUAACUUUACCACUAUGUAUCUUCCAUCGUUUCCAUUCAGCGGUCGCUUUAGCAGAAAUAUGGAAAAAUUCAUACAAACCUCGUAUCGAAUAAAACGCCAAACCCAAAAAGCUGUUGCUAUACCUAUACGCUUGCCAAGGAGGAAAAAAAACAAGUUUAUAGACAGUCGUGUUUAAAAAAUUUCUUAAGCUUUAGACGAGAGAUCCUUUACUGUUUUCUAAAGAAUUUUUACUCAACAAAUUUAUACAUAUAUUAUUGUUAUAGAAAUGAUUACGUGUGUUGCAUUUGAAAUGAUUUUUUUUAUAUUCGUCGCUUUUUAUUAUUUGCAUUUAUUAUUGUUUUUGUUGUUCUCUUUUUUUAUUUUUUUUUUAUUUUAGUCAUUAUUUUAUAAGUGAAAAACUCCGUAUAGAUAGGUAUCCGAAAGCAUCGAAGGAAAUAUGUAACAAACGGACCAUAUUUUUAAUAUGAAGACUUGUCAAAGAUUUUGUAUGUGUUCAUUUAAACAUUUCAUAGGAUCUCACAGCAUUUAAAAAUACAUAAACGAGGAAAGGUCAAUUUUUACGCGCUAGAGAUAUGCUGAAUUUGCUAUAAUUUUUUUCAGUUUUAUACGGUUUUUAUUUUUCUAUCUAUGGACUUUUUUUUUUUGCUCAUUUCUUAUUAACGCUGCUAAAGCGAUUUGAUCGCCCGAGAGAGGAAGACCACAAAACAAGGCACUGGAAAUUUUUUUCAAAAUUAGAAACAUAGUUUAUUUUGUACCUGAUUAUAUUUAUACGUAUUUGUAUCGUGUAUAUUAUGUAAGAUGAUCGCGCUGAUAAAGAUGAAAUUAAAAAAAUCAAAAUUAAUUUUUAAGCCUUGGAAAUCAAGUACAUAAAUAAUUAAGUUGUAUAGUAAAGAAAAAAAAUUGUAACGGUAGUGUUCAUGAGAAGGAGUAAUGCUGAUGCGAUUUUCUUUCAAAAAAAAAACUUCGGCUUCGACUGAUUUUAAAUUUGCCAGAGUCCUCGAGCUCGAGGGAGCUUGAGACGCCGCGUAUAAUUUUUAUUGCCAAAGACAUAUCGCGUGCUAUUCGAGUAUAGUUCAUUGGUCAUGUAAAUAAAAAGCUUUUUGCGCAUCCGAGCUCAAUGAAUUUUCGCAAAGUAUUACCAUUCCUGUUUAAUCGUAGAUUAUAGGUUAUUGUUUUACCAUAUUUUAUCUAUUAUUUCGCCCCCUUUUUAAAUUGUAACGACGAUUUGUUUAAUGUAUUAAAUUUUAAAAAAUCUUGGUAUUGUUUCCUAUAGCAUUAAUGUUUUGCUAAUAAGGUUCUCACACGUGUUUAUAUAUUUACGUUAAAGCAUUUUAUUAUUUUUUUUUCUAUUUUUCUAUAGAUUUUAAGAGGUUUUUUUUUGUUUGUCUUAAGAGAUCGUUACUUUUGGAAGGAUGGAGGCGUAAUUGCCGAUAAAUAUUUUUUGUUUGUGAUGUAAUUGUAUAGGUAUAAAUACAACGACGGAGAUGGAAUUAUGUAUUUAGUAAGCGAUGUGUAAAGUUACAAUAGCUUGAUAAUUGUCCACACAUUUAAGUAAAAUAUAAUAUAUUUAUGGUUAUAAA